UCCACUCAUUUCAGCUCUCCUUUUCUUGUUCAACCUUGUUGGGAGGUGUCUGGACGUCCAUUUUAUAUUCGGACUUGUAUCGUAGGAGAAGCAAAAAUCAAGAUGGGCAAGAACAACAAGAAACGCAAGAGGACGAACCAUGCGUUGUUUCAUGCCGUGAAAGCUCGAAACCAAGGAGUAGAGCCCAUCAAACCGGUGAUACCGAGCCAGUCGACCCCUGCCAAAACUGACACCACUAGUGAUGAAAUUUCCGACGCGGACUUGGCCACUACCAUUCGAACCUUGGAAACGUUGGUGUCCUCCUCUUCCGAUUCGACAAUGUUUCACGGGAAACGAUUCAAAGAAUUGCGACGGACGUUGCAUCCGUUGGUGUUGGAACAAUUGCAGAGUUACGACAAGGGCGUGGACUAUCGUCACAAGGUGACCCAUGCGUUGCAACAUCACCAAUGGUCCGAUGCCUUGGCGGCCCUUCGGGCAUGCCAAGAUUUUCAGCAGUAUCCCAAACAGGGAACCGUCCAACGAUGGGUCCGCGAAUGCAGUGCCUUGGAGGACAACGGAGGGCAGAUGCCACUCUUGCAAGCCAUUUUGCGAUUGAGUGCGGCCGCAGGAGCGGGAGCAGGCGAUGGCAACAAGCACGAUCCCGGACAAGCAUUGGCGGCUCAUUUGGCCAAUCAACCGGAAAAUAAAGAAAAAUUGGUUAUUUUGGAAGGAUGGAAGUGGUGGGAUAAUGAUAGCAACAUCAACAGCAACAGCCAGAAUGAUAGUAUUAGCCAGGAGAAAACAGAAGACGACAAAGAGAAGCAAGAAGAGGAGAAAGAAAAAGAAGCAGGCGAGAAGACUGCCAACAAACAAGAGGAGGGCAAAGUUGCCAAGAAGGAAGAUUCAAAGAAAGAGGCUACAAGAGACGACAAUACUCCCUUGGACAAUCUCAAAUCUCGCAUUGUCUAUCGAGAAACCGCGGCUGAACGGACACCUCCCAAUCACUACGACCUCCUCUUGCAUGCCAUUACCAAACCUGACAAGAAUUUGAUUACCUGGAGCGACAACCAUUCCACUACCCAAUCGCAUCCCAUUCCCUUUUUGCCACAACCCGCACGCGUCUUGCCCAAUGUCUUGACCCGUGACGAAUGUCAACAAUUGCGUCGCGUCACGACGACCCUCGGAUACCGGUCCGAUCAUCCUGUCUCGCAGGCACAACCCACGGGGAUUGAUAGUUGCGAAUGGAUGGUCGACUCGUCAUCCAUUCUCGAUGUAAUUUGGGAACGUGUCCAACCGCACUUGCCCGCGUCCCUGACCGUCCAAAACAAAAAGACGGUCCAAUUGUUUGGCAUCAACCCGCGAUGGCGUUGCUUCCGCUACGGACAAGAUUGCGUCUAUCGACCUCAUUUGGAUGGCAGUUGGCCCUUGUGUUAUUUAGAUGAAGAGGGAAAUUACCAUUGUCCCAAGCAACAACAGCAACAAUAUUCCGACGCGAUCAAGUCCUAUUUGACCUUUUUGAUUUACCUCAAUGACGAUUUCGAAGGCGGAGAAACGAGGUAUUACUUACCCCAAGGCGUUGCCCGUGGAAUUGUGCCACGAGCGGGAUCAGUGGUCGUCUUUCCACAAGGCAACCUGGCGUCGUUGAUUCACGAAGGAUCCCAGGUUACCAAGGGAACCAAGUACGUGAUACGGACCGAUGUCUUGUACCGACCGGCCGGCAAGGCGCAGGAGACCGAUGACGACACCAACAAAGAAGAAGAAGUCGAGGAGGAGGACGGCAAUGAUGAACAGGAGCAGUGAUGGACUAGCUAGGUAUAUGUUUGUGCUUUUAUUUUUAAAACACCUUAUGUUCUG